GCGCGCCCGCCCCGAGCGCGCCACGGCCCCGGGGAAGCGCAGGGCAGCAGCGCGCCGCGCACCCUCGCGGGGCGCACUCGGAGCCGACUCCCGGGGUCCCGGCUGCGGGGCACCCUUCUCCAGCAGGUUGCUUUCAGCUAUGUAACGUUUUCCGAUCCCAUGAAAUGGAAAUUGACCAGUGCUUGCUGGAGUCCCUCCCCCUGGGCCAAAGGCAGCGGCUGGUGAAACGCAUGCGCUGUGAGCAAGUCAAAGCGUACUAUGAGCGAGAGAAAGCUUUUCAGAAGCAGGAGGGGCUCCUGAAGAAGCUGAAGCAUGGGAAGAAGCAGAAGGUUCACUUUAAUCUUGCUGACAUGAUCCAGGAUGCCAUUAUCCACCAUGACGACAAAGAAGCGCUGCGACUCCUGAAGGAGGGGGCCGACCCUCACAUGCCUGUGUCCUCCGGAGGGUCCCUGCUCCAUCUGUGUGCUCGGUAUGAUAAUGUCUUCAUCGCAGAGAUCCUGAUUGACAGAGGGGCCGAUGUCAACCACCAGGAUGAAGACUUCUGGACACCGAUGCACAUUGCCUGUGCGUGUGACAACCCUGACGUUGUCCUGCUGCUUAUAUUAGCUGGAGCCAACGUCCUUCUCCAGGACGUCAAUGGAAACAUCCCACUGGAUUAUGCCACGGAAGGCACUGACUCGAGCUCCAUCCUGCUGACCUACCUGGAUGAAAAUGGAGUGGAUCUCACUUCACUGCGGCAGAUGAAGCUUCAAAGACCGGUGAGCAUGUUAACAGACGUCAAACACUUCCUGUCCUGUGGAGGAAACGUUAAUGAGAAAAACGAUGAUGGCGUAACGCUGCUGCACAUGGCCUGCGCCAGUGGCUACAAGGAAGUCGUGUCCCUCCUCCUGGAGCACGGCGGGGACCUCAAUGCCGCAGACGAUCAGGACUGGACCCCGCUUCACCUGGCAGCAAAGUAUGGCCAGGCGAACCUGGUGAAGCUUCUUCUGAUGCAUCAGGCAAACCCACACCUCCUGAACUGCCAUGAGGAGAAGGCUUCGGACGUCGCCGCGUCGGAGUUGAUUGAGGAAAUGCUGCUGAAGGCCGAGUCGGCCUGGGAAGGAAAAAUGCAGGCGUCUCUCUGUGUUCAGACCUUGGCCCAAGAGGACCCUUAUGAAGAGAUCGUCCCUGACCUUCCGGUCCUUUCCAGCAAGCUCAGUCCCCUGGUAUUGCCAAUUGCCAAGCAAGACAGCCUGUUGGAAAAAGACAUUAUGUUCAGAGAUGCAACGAAAGGUCUGUGCAAGCGACAGUCUCAGGACAGCACAGCGGAGAACGCCCCCAUGCACGGCCCCAGCAAGCCUGAGCAGGUCAAGCUGAUGCCUCCCGCUCCCAAUGAUGACCUGGCGACGCUCAGCGAGCUCACGGACAGCAGCCUGCUAUAUGAAAUUCAGAAGCGCUUUGGGAACAAUCAGAUUUACACUUUUAUUGGGGACAUCCUCCUGCUGGUUAAUCCAUUCAAGGAGAUUCCAAUUUAUUCCACCGUGGUCUCUGAGCUGUACCUGAGCAGCACGGGGCAGCCCAACCCCUCCCUGCCACCUCACAUUUUCUCCUGCGCGGAGAGAGCCUUCCACCAGCUUUUCCAGGAGCGGAGACCUCAGUGUUUCAUUCUCAGUGGAGAAAGAGGAUCUGGAAAGUCUGAAGCCAGCAAACAGAUAACGAGACAUCUCACCUGCAGGUCUGGCUCCAGCAGGCCUAUAUUCGAUUCCAAAUUUAAGCAUGCCAUGAGCAUCUUAGAAGCAUUUGGACAUGCCAGGACCACUCUUAAUGACCUGUCCAGCUGCUUCAUAAAGUAUUUUGAACUGCAGUUCUGUGAGAGGAAAAAGCACUUAACUGGAGCCAGAAUCUUUACAUAUAUGCUAGAGAAAUCCAGACUUGUUUCACAGCCCCCUGGCCAGAGCAAUUUUCUCAUCUUCUACUUGCUGAUGGACGGAUUAUCUGCUGAAGAGAAGUAUGGACUGCACCUUAAUAAUUUACACGCCCAUCGGUAUUUGCACCAGACCCUUAGAGAAGACAGAUCAACAGCAGAGCGUUCCCUGAACAGGGAGAAAUUUGCUGUUUUGAAACAAGCUCUGAAUGUAAUUGGCUUCAGUAACUUGGAGGUGGAGAACCUAUACGUGAUUCUAGCAGCCGUGUUGCACCUCGGGGACGUUGGCUUCACCGCUGUCUCCGAGGCCGACCCCGCGCUGGUGUCUGACCUCCAGCUCCUGGAACAAGUGGCUGGAAUGCUACAGGUAUCUCCGGAUGAGCUGGCAUCUGCUUUAACCACUGACAUCCAGUAUUUUAAGGGAGAGGUGAUCACGAGGCGGCACACCGUGGUGAUGGCUGAGUUUCACCGGGAUCUUCUGGCCAAGUCCCUGUACAGCCGUCUGUUCAGCUUCCUGGUGAACACGGUGAACUGUUGCCUCCGCGGUGACGAGGAGCCUGGCAGCUCACAGACGUGGGGCGUUGGGAUUCUGGACAUCUUCGGAUUUGAAGAAUUUCAAAAGAAUGAAUUUGAACAACUCUGUGUCAACAUGACCAACGAGAAGAUGCACCAGUACAUCAAUGAAGUGCUUUUUCUACAGGAGCAAGCAGAAUGUGUACAAGAGGGAGUUACCAUGGAAACGGCUUAUUCUCUUGGUAACCAGACUGGAGUUUUGGAUUUUUUUUUCCAGAAGCCUUCUGGAUUUCUCUCUUUAUUGGAUGAAGAAAGUCAAAUGAUUUGGUCAGUGGAACCAAGUCUUCCCAAAAAGCUCCACGGUCUACUGGAAUCCUCAAACACAAAUGCGGUCUACUCCCCUGUGAAGGAUGGAAACGGGAACCUCGCCCUCCGAGAGCAAGGCACGGCUUUCACCGUUAUGCACUAUGCGGGCCGGGUAAUGUAUGAAGCUGUUGGAGCAAUUGAAAAAAAUAAAGACUCCCUUUCGCAGAAUCUUCUAUUUGUAAUGAAAACUAGUGAAAAUGUCGUGAUCAAUCAUUUGUUCCAGUCGAAACUGUCACAAACAGGAGCCCUCGUAUCUUCCUCUCCUUCUUUUAAAUUCAGAGGACAUAAGUCUGCCCGGCUCAGUAAGAAAAUGACAGCGUCUUCAAUGAUGGGAGAAAACAGGAAUUAUCUAGAACUUAGUAAGUUAUUAAAAAAGAAAGGAAAUUCUACAUUUCUGCAAAGACUAGACCGGGGAGGUCCAGCCACCAUUGCAUCGCAACUCAGGAAAACGCUGACGGAUAUUACAGGGAAACUUCAGAAGUGCACUCCACACUUUAUUCACUGCAUCAAGCCCAAUAACUCAAAGCUGCCAGACACCUUUGAUAACUUCUACGUGUCCGCUCAGCUGCAGUACGUCGGGAUCCUGGAGAUGGUGAAGAGUGUCCGACAUGGGUACCCUGUCCGCCUUUCCUUCUGCGAUUUCCUGUCGAGGUACAGGCCCUUGGCCGAGACCCUCCCUGGCAACGAGAGGACACUGCCCGCUGAGGAGAGGUGCCGGCUGGCCCUGAAGCACUGCCCGUUACCUGGGUGGCAGAUUGGAGUUCGGAAAGUGUUCCUGAAAUACUGGCACGCCAGCCACCUGAACGACCUGUGCCGCCAGCUGCAGAGAAAAAUUAUCACCUGCCAAAAAGUGGUCAGAGGAUUUUUAGCCCGCCAGCACUUGCAUCAGAAAAGGAGCGCACGGCAGCAGGAGGUCACAUCCAUCAACAGCUUCCUGCAGGUCACAGAGGACCUGGGGCUGAAGACCUAUGACGCCCUGGUCGUUCAGAAUGCCUCGGACAUCGCCCGCGAGAAUGACCGGCUCCGGAAUGAGAUGAACGCUGCUUUCCACAAAGAGAAGUUGGAGGCCAGGGGCAAGCAGGAGGAAGGCUCCAGAAGAGCUGAAGACAAGAGCGGACCCAGGCGCCUCCACGGUAGCUCCGUCCCAGUCCCCGCGGCAGUGGACGGCCUGGCCCAGUUGGCUGGUCCGCCCUCCAGGCCCCCUUCUCUGCACUCGGUGUUCAGCCUGGAUGACGGCAGCGGCCUCCCGUCGCCACGGAAACAGCCUCCGCCCAAGCCAAAGAGGGACCCCGCCACGCGGCUGAGCGCCUCCUACGAGGCUGUGAGCGCCUGCCUAUGGGCUGCAGCCAGGGACUCGGCGAAUGAAGCUCUCACCCGGCCCCGGCCGCACAGCGACGACUACAGCACCAUGAAGAAGGUCCCCCCUCGGAAGCCCAAGCGAAGCCCCCACACCAAGCUCAGCGGCUCCUCGGAGGAGAUCUCGGGCGCCCGGCCGGGGGCGGCGGGGCCGGGGGGCGCGCGGCGCAGAGCGGGCGGCCCGCAGCGCCUGCCGGGGGUCCCCGCGCCCCCCGCGCCCCCCGCGCCCCCGGAGCCCGAGCCCGAGCCCGUCUACAUCGAGAUGCUGGGCCGCGCCGGCAGCCCCGAGCCGGCCGAGGCGGUUUACGAGGAGAUGAAGUACUGGGCGCCCCCCGGGGGUGCGGGCGGCCGAGGGGCGGGCGCCGGCUCGGUGUCCGCGGCGGCCCCCGAGGAAGGCGGCGCCGGCGGGGACUCGAGCGGCAUCCCCGCGCCCUUCCCCAACCUGCUGGCGCACCGGCCGCCGCUGCUCGUGUUCCCCCCGACCCCGGCCACCUGCUCCCCCGCGUCCGACGAGUCGCCCUUGACGCCCCUGGAGGUGAAGCAGCUGCCGGUGCUGGAGACCAACCUCAAGUACCCCGUGCAGCCCGAGGGCUCCAGCCCCCUGUCCCCCCAGCACCCCAAAACCCCCAAGGGGGACGGCGACCGGCCCGCGUCCCCGGGCGUCCCCGCGCUCGCGGGGCUGCACGGAGGCUCCCCGCCCCCGACGCCCCCGCCCGCGCCCCCGCCACCCCGCGGCCCCGCGCACUUCCCCUUCGCGGCCCCCGCGGAGCCCCCCAGGGUCCCCCCGAAGUCCGCCUCAGCCCCCGCGGGCGCGCCCUGCAGCCCCCUCCCCAAAACCCCGUAUUCUCCGGGGAAGACGGCCCGAGGGGAGCCCAGGAAGGCCACCACCACCGGCGCCCCCUCCCCGGCCCCCUACAGCCCCCCGAACUCCAGAGCUCUGGGCAGCCCCCUGGACGAGCUGGCCAGCCUGUUCAACUCCGGCAGGAGCGUGCUCCGGAGGUCAGCGGUGGGCAGGAGGAUCCGCGAACCCCAGGGUUUUGAAACGAACAUGAACCUUACUAGCCGAGAUGAUUUUGGUACUUCAGAAAUUACAUCAGAGACGCAGGACAGAAAUGCAAAUAACCAUGGAAUUCAGUUUUCUAAUUCACUCUCCAGUGCAAUGACUGCUGAAAAUGGAAAUUCCGUCUCAAACGGUUUACCUGAAGAAGACGGAUUCUCCAGGCUGUCUGGGGGCGGAGCCUCCUCCUUUCAGAGACACAGAGAGAGUCACACCACUCAGGUUAUCCACCAGCUGAGGCUGUCAGAGAACGAGAGCGUGGCCCUGCGGGAGCUUCUGGACUGGAGACGGAGACUCUGCGAGGAGCGGGCGGACUGGCCCCGAAUCCUGCCCCCCAGGGAGCCCCGGGCGCCUCCCCCACCUCCGUGCAGGAAGCCCGAGGGGGCCCCCUGCCGCAGGCUGCCCCCCGAGUUCUGGGACUCCACCCUGUGACGGCCCGCUGCAGACUCGCGGGGUGAGACCGCCCGAGGGUGCCAAGCUCACGGACAGAGGCAGCCCCGACACGCGCCGGGGGCUCUCUGCACAGCCACACAAAAGCACAGACAGCCCGGUCAAAUGCUCGCGGUUCCCUCUGUGUGUGUGUGUGUGCACGCUCUCGCCCGUUCUGUGGGGAUACGCUCUGGUCUCCAGGCUCCGUGGUCCCCGGGCCAUGCUACCCCCAGGUGGUGAGGCCCAGCGUGGCCCGCAGGGGAGGCUGGUGGAGAGGGCGCCCCGCAGCGCACACCUGUGUCCAUACGGCCCCACCGCGUGUUCCUGUCCUCCCGUCGUUUGCCUCUCAUGCACUCUCCAGGACAUAGGGUUUAUUUCUGUGCAGGUGUUUGUGUUUUACGGGAAUUACAAUCCUGAUAAUGACUUACAUGUUUGUUACUGGAUUUUAUAAUUUUAUGCCAUGGGUGGGUCUCCCUUUCUUCAAAAUACAGAUUUUAAAAAAUCA